AAUAUUCAUAUGCAAAGCAUGAAUCAUAAAAGGCUAAAAAAUAAGUGCCGCGUUUACAGGUAGACAAUGAAUUGAAGUAACUAAUACUACCUGUGCUAUACAUAUAUGUAGGAAUCAACACACAUAAUCACAAAUGUAUAUUACCAAUAAACACCGCCCAUCAAUAUUUAUUUAUAUCGCCCCAUUUUCCCCCUUGGUUACAAGUUAACUCAUCACACUUGCUAUGGACUACUCAGGCGGAGUAUUUAAUUGGUAGAUCAAAAAAACAGUUCUUAUAAAAGUAAUUAAUGUCAUUGUUUUAGCCUUGCUUACUCAAAACACAUUUACAACAACUACCUAUAAUUUAAAGAGACUUAAUUAUCAAAGUACUAACUAGUAAUAAAAUGUAGAUGGAGUUGAUAAUGCACCUUUAUUUUUCUAAAAUACUAGUAAUAGACGUGAUUUUUUUUUUAAAUAAAGAUGAUGCGGUAAUUAAGAGGAGAUUAAUUUCAAGCAGAGCCGGGCCCUCAUAUAACAGAAGGGGGCAAUGGCAAGAAUAAACACUAAAAUGAGUAUAAACACAAAAAUUGGAGGUAGCUAUAUAAGUAAAGAGGGUUAUGGAAAUGGAAGUAGCCAAGUAGGGAGAGUUGCAGACAGGAAAAGUAGAAGUAAACAAUAAAUGUAUAGAGAUACAUAGUGUAACUGUAUUCAGUAUUUCAGUAUUCUAUUCUCGAAUAUCCAGAGACGCAUUAAAACCCCCCUCAGAAGAUUAACAAACUAGUUGGCAAUUCACAUGAAAAGAUGCCAUCACGCCACCCGUCCACGUCAUCGCCACCAAACAAACCCCAAAACCAUGUCUUCUCCUCCGCUUCCUCUUUCUUCGUCCUCUUCUUCCUCUGCCUUCGAAACCCAACAAGGAAGAAGAACCGGACAACUCCAUCUUCUGACUCCGACUCCAACCCUCCUCACCGCUUCUCCUACUCCCUCCUCCGCCGCGCCACCAACUCCUUCUCCACCAUCCUCGGCCAUGGAGGCUUUGGCCCUGUCUUCUCCGCCUCCCUCGCCAGAAAACCCCUCGCCGUUAAGCUCAUGGACUCCUCUGCAUCCCUCCAAGGGGAGCGCGAGUUCCACAACGAGCUCCUCUUCGCUUCCAGGCUCCUCCGUUCAUCCUCCUCCUCCACGUGCCGUCACGUGGUCCCUGCUAUAGGGUUCGCCUCCGACCCCAAACGGCGCCGUUUCCUCAUCGUGUACGACCUCAUGCACAACGGCAACCUCCACGACGCACUCCUCCGCCGAAAAUCCCCUGAGCUCAUGCGAUGGCAGACGAGAUUCUCCGUUGCACUGGACGUCGCGAGAGGGUUACAGUUUCUUCACUCCUGUGACCCUCCAGUGAUUCACGGCGAUAUCAAGCCCAGUAAUGUUCUCUUGGACCGGUCCUUUGCGGCCAAGAUAGGAGACUUCGGACUUGCGAGGUUCAAGACGGAGAACAGGUUGGAAGCUGAGGCUUUGGGGUGCGAGAGUGACGGUGCCUCUGUUUUUGAGGAGCAAUCUCCGGAAGGACCAAUUCCAUCGCCUGAUGCAGUUGUGAAGAAAAAUGGGAAGGGUGUGGGGGGCAAUUUGGUAAAUGAAGAGAACGGGGGUUCAUCGGGUGCUGUGUUGAAGGAUUAUGUGAUGGAUUGGAUUGGGAAUGACGUUGGAAUGCAGAGACCCAAAGCUGAGUUGACUGCUUCUGCUUCUGCUGCAUCUACCAGUGCAAAGGAUGAGAACAACAAGAAGAAGAAGAACAAGAGUAAUAACAGUAGUAGUAGGAGGAAACUGGAAUGGUGGGAAUCUAUGGAUGAGGACGGUGAUGUUUUGAAGAAGCAGAGAAGAAGGUCUGUGAGGGAAUGGUGGAAGGAGGAGUAUUCUCAAGAGCUUGCUAGCAAGAAGAAAAAGAAAAACAAAAAGAAGAAAGAAAAGGAUAGAAAUGGUGGAGAGAGAGAGAGUGAUGAGUGGUGGUUCAGGGAGAUUAAGAAAAGCGGUAGCAGGAACAGCGUAGAUUCAUGGGUAGAUGAUGGUGAAAUCCCCAAGAGUGGGGCUAUGAGCAGCAACCAAAGCAUGAGAGGGACGGUGUUCUAUGUUGCUCCAGAGUGUGGUGGCGAUGCGUCGGAGAAGUGCGAUGUGUACAGUUUCGGGGUGUUAUUGCUUGUGAUAGUGUCUGGGAGGCGUCCAUUGGAGGUGACUACUGGUUCGCCAUUGUCGAGCAGUGAGUUUCAGAGAGCGAAUCUUGUGUCGUGGGCUCGCCAUUGCAGCCGCAAAGGGAAGCUGAUUGAUCUUGUUGAUGAAUCCAUUCAGGGUUUGGAUAAAGAGCAGGCUCUGCUCUGUAUCAAGGUUGCGUUGCUCUGUUUGCUCAAGUCACCGUCUCGUCGUCCUUCAAUGAAAGAGGUUGUUGGGAUGCUUAGUGGGGAAUUGGAGCCAUCUCAAUUACCCCUUCACUAUUCAUCUUCAUCAUCCACUCAACAGUAGCAAUUCUACUUUGCUUUGGACAUACAUACAGUUUUCCACACAGAUCAACGAAAUCAUCCGAGAAUAUUGGAUAAAAACCCGUCUACGAAUGGAGAAUGGUGCAACGCCAUACGGCAUCUGUUAUAUUCAACUAUACUAUUAUGCACUUUGCUUUCUCCAUCAACUACGCUAUAGUAAUGGCCUAAUGGGUACCUUGUUACAUAAUUCAUCUCUACGUAUUUUGACUUGCUUUCUAACUGUUAUGUACCCGUACAUGAAUGUAAGAUACAUUUUUUUAGUAAAAGUUGUUAAUUUUUUUUUUCCAUUUGAUUAAUAAAAUUGAUACAUGUAUCAUGUUUAAUUGGAGGGUUGAGCUAUGUGGAGACUGACAGGUGAUGCUUUCCUUUCCAUUUAGAGUCUCAUCAGAACUAAUCAGUAAUAAUUUUUUUGGCAGAGAAUUAGUAAUUAGAUUAAUUCAAAAACAGUUUGGGAUAUUGGGCUAUGUGGAGCCCAAAUCCUAGAGGCUUUUGUUUCUGAGCCACGAAUCUCAGACACUUAUGGUAAGAGUUGUUAGCCCCAAAAACUUUUGUAGGGUUGAGCCCAUUUGACAGUAGCAAGCACUGGAGUCUAGAGGGAUAACUAUGCGCUUAUAUAUAUAUAUGGUGACUACUAUGCCCUUAUAUAUUACUAGAUAAAUUCUUUUCCAGUCACCAAAGAAAAAAAUAUAUG